CUUGCUCUCGCUUUAACAACUUGGUUCACUUGCAAUCUCAUUUGGGCUCUGAGUGACUUGCACGCAUUUGUUGGUCAUUGGUGAUAACAAAUAACUGGAGCACGGGUUGCCGCAUUAUGUCGCGACAUACGAUAUCCCCCGACGAGUACUUGGAGCUCGGCCGGAACUACUACAAGCAGAAGAACUAUGAGAAAGCAAUUGAAGCUUUCACACAUGGCAUUGAAGCCAGCGAAACGCCGCUAAUCACUCUUCUCGACUACCGUGCGGCAAGCUACAUCAAGAACGAAAACAGCAAUGCAGCACUGAAGGAUGCACGUGAUAUGAUUCGAAUGCAUAAGAAAGACAUCAGGGGUUAUUUGCGAACCGCUAGUCUGCUUGAGAAAACGGAGAAAUUCGAUACUGCGUUGAACAUUUACGCUUAUGGCAAGAAAAAUGUGCCGACUACAGACAAGAACUACAAGCUCCUGCAGCAACUGCAUGACAAGUUGACUAGGAAGAUAUCUCCACCAACCUCAGUAGAUCCCUUCACGAUACUACCACCUGAGCUCAUCGACAUGGUACUCGACUACCUUGGUUUUCGGAAUAUGGUCCGUUGCCUUCCGGUCAGCAAGGGCUGGAAAACGUAUAUAUGCGGGCGGCCAAGUCUGUGGACCAACUUGGAUCUCUCGCUCGCCCGCAAAGACGUUAGCCGUGCUUUCGUUCGCGACGCAGUGAAACGUUCUCGGGGUGCCAUUACCCACGCUACCUUCCACCGUUUCUACCACACGGACAUGCUGAAAAGGAUACCGCCAGCAUGUAAGCAGCUGGGACAUCUAGAGUUCCUCAGCGGUAGAUCCAUGUCCGAUACAUUCAUCGAGAUGGCCAAAGGUGCUCCAAACCUGAAGAAACUGGUUGUUCAUGUUGAAGUCACGCUGGACACAAUCACGCAAGUCCUGCGCCAUCGACCGACCUUGGAACAUGUGGAAUUCCUAAACCUGGGACACUCCACAGUUCCAGCAAACUGGACCGGUCCUUUUCCGGAUCUGAAAUCAAUAUCUCUCCACCCAGGAGACCAAGCAACCCGCUUCGCGCUCCUCAACCUGCCCGCCUUCCUUGCCAAAGCUCCAUCACUACGAACACUAUCCCUCACCAACUGGGCUGGUCCCAUCGAUCGUAGAUUCGAUCCAUCCACUGCCACUCUAACCCAUCUCAACCUCACCAACCUGGGACUCGAAUCCAUCCCUCCCCUGCCACCAACCCUCACCCACCUCACCCUGACACCAAGACGCCGAAUCUGCUUCUCCAACACCCGCCCAUACACGCUGAACGCUCAGUCAUGGCUAAACAUAACGCUCGCCAGCCUCCCCAACCUCACACACCUCUCGCUCUCGCGCAUCAUUCUCGACGGCAUCGAUUUCUUCUCCCUCUUCCUCGACAUGUACGAACCCGAAGACGACGAUAACAACGGGAUGGCACCGCAGCUCACCUCGAUACCGGACACAGCGCCGCUCCAACACCUAUCACUCCGCGAAAUCGAGUACCCAGAGCCGUACACACUCUUCGGCCCGACGGGAUAUCUCUCGCAGUCGAAGAGGAUACUGACGCCUUCUUUGGAAUCACUCAAAAUCACCAACACCCCCAUCACAGACAACGACAUCGACGACCUCCUCCUCUCCGCCCCCUACCCCAACCUCCACACCGUCGACCUCUCCGUCACCCACAUAACAGGCGCGAGCGUGAAAACGCUGGUCGACAACUUGCCUGCCCUCCGGGACAUCGUUCUGAACGACUGUCCCAACAUCGUGGAUCGCGAGGCGGUGGACUAUGCGUUGGGGAGGGGGAUCGGGGUUAUGAGGGUCAGUCGCGUGGGUGCGGGGUCGGGGAGGAAGCUGGCUUUGGGGUCGAGGAGUGUGAGGCAUGGCUAG